AUGGAUGGACUGAUCCACGUGGAGAGACAAAAGUUGCCUUUCACUAUUGAAAACAUACUGACCAAAUAUCCAAACAGCAAUGGAGACAGACGAUCAUGUGGAACAUGUAGCACUGGAGUAAAAGAAAAGGCAGUGAGUUCUGCUGGAGGCCAUGCAGAGGCUGUGCAUCAUGCCUGCCUGUGCUGCUGCUACUGCUCCCACUGUGGAGACCUAUACCAGACUGAUUUCAUUCAUGAAGCCUGUCAGUACGGAUGGUCCCCAGCGAUGCUCACAGAGGCGUGCAGGCUGGGAGAAGUUCACAGGGAGGAGCAGUCACCCGGUCAGGUGCAGAGGCGAACCAGACGUCACCGCACUAUUUUCACAGAGGAGCAGCUGGACGCACUAGAGGAGCUGUUCCUGCAGAACCAGUAUCCAGAUGUGACCACAAGGGAGAAACUAGCACAGCACACUCAUUUAAGGGAAGAAAGAGUAGAGCAAUGGCAGAUGGGCCAUGACUAA